AUACAGGAAGUAAACAAAUUUCAGCUUGGAGAAGCGUUUCCAAACAUAACGUUUUUGUGUUAGCGUCACACAAGUGCUGUCGAACGCGUCGUUUAUUAUUGCAUUUUGUUUUUUGUAAUAACCAUAAACACAGUGUUAACCCCAAAAUGAGUGCAAAUCGUGGUGGCGAGGGUGGACGUCAGACCGGUGAUGACGAGGGGUUUGCUGAUGAUGAAAGUGUGGAAGAGGAAGCCAUGGAGGUUGUACCUACAGUUGCUGACAAUGAAGUUGAUGAGGUCCUGAAUGGUCCGAAGGCCACAGUGUAUUAUGCUGUACAAGUUCCCCCCAACACGGACCUGGCUGCCCAGCAGGGGAAAGACUACACUCGUGACGAGAUCGAGGAACUCAUGCAGUCGGAGGCCUACCAGAGGAAGAUCUCAACCUGUCACCUGUGUGGCAAAGUCUGGUUUGACAAUGUAUUCACAGCCAACUGUAAAGAGUGUGGGAACUUUGCCAUGACCCGACCUUGCCCUAUCUGCAAAGGUCAGUGUGGGAGAGUGUGGAACAGGAACCUCAAGAUGUCACAUGCGUACCACAAAGACUACUGGGAAGGGGACUGUGGCACCCAGUUCGAGGCAGCGGCAUCUGCAUCAGCAUUCAGCAUUCCAUCUCUGAGUGACUCCACAGAAGACACCACAACGCUGACAGAGGGCUUGCAGGAUCUGUCCACUAGCUAGUGCAUCACAGCCACUGAUUAGAAGACGCUCACAUUCUCAUGGAAUCCAUACAGAGCGUGUGCAAGAUAUGUGUGUGAAAGAGUUAUUUACCAAUACAUUAUGAUAUUGUACGCAAUAUCCUAACACUGCUGAGUAUUGAAAUGUUCCUGUUGCUUCUGAGAAUUGGUUGUAGUCUCCAUGGCCAGAAUCCUACAUUGAAUUGUAUGGGAUGAAACCACAAUCUCUGCAUGGUCCUUUUGUCUAUGGUUGAAAGGUCUGUGGUUUUGUUUUGCCAGCUUCUGAUGUAUGACCUGUGUGUGAAGAUCAAGAUUUGAAGACCUGGGACAGUUCCCAUGAACAUUUGUUUAGGUUUUGUCACAGGUUAUGUGAGAAUGUUCACAGUGUCUAUGAUCAACCUUAAAGUUUGCAACGACCAUAGUUUUAGGUUUUGCAAAGUUCUGUUGUGUGAGUUUAAAUGAUCUGUCACCUGACGGAGCAGUGGACACGUUUUGAACUUGUUGGAGCUCACUUUCUUCUAAAACAUGUGUUCUCAAGGUUUGUGCGUGAACAAGGCAGAUAUGAAUAUACUUUGUGCUCAUUUUCAUCUCAGUUUCUUUGAUAUUCAAGGAUCAGCAUGCCUGGCACGAAACAUUGACUUGCAUACGACCAAGUGGAACAAUUCCUGGCUUUCUUUACAAAUAGUGUCUGUGUUGACAUGCAUGAAGACUUAGCUUGUCGUCAGCUCCAACAUGGCUUGUGUGUCUGCUCAAGUCCAACCAUCGAGUAAUGCCACAGUUAUUGAAUUGUUUUCUGAACAUUCCAUUUUUCACACCAAUGAAAAUGUAGACGCCUACUCUGUUAGCUUUUCAGUGAACUCUGGUAAGAUCUGAACGAUUUUAAGACUUACUUUAGUCACAAUUAAUCAAUGAGAUUAUGUCAUGUCGUGACAACAAAAACGGAACUAUUGUUUUUGAGAUUGAUGCAUGUUACAGUAUUACAGCUUUAAGCAUGUUGACUUGACCUUGACAAGGUCCUAGACUUGUAAAUACAUCAGGCACCUGUCGGGGGGCACAUUUCUUCACCCAAAAUGCUAGGGACCAACCAACUCUUGGGGAAUAUUUUAUGUCACUACUACAAGAUAUAUUUUUACAGUACCCUGAAAGUGAAAUGUUUUUUUUCACCAUCAACAUAGUAACAAAAAGUUAUUUAAUUCAGAAAUCCCAACCCACCCACCCAAAAAAAAGAAAUAGAAAAGAAACGAAAUUUGACCGGUCCCUUAUACAUGUACAUUAUAUAUAUACUUACAAUUUGUUACAUCAGUUACAUGUAGUUCACAUAUCUUUACAAGGUAUGCACUGAUGUGCAUUCUGUAUACACUGAUCAUCAGGUAAACAUAUGUGAUGUACCAGGGUAGAUACACUUAAAUGUAUCUGCCAGCUCUAUCCAUGCAUCAUACAUUUCACAUAGUAGACCAGCUAGCACCAACAGUCCCUCUUCUCCCUUGGGGUUUCAGAAAAUCCACAGCAUUUCUAUGAUAUAUUACGAGCCCAAACUGUUUUUGUUUUCACUCUCUCAGUGUAAAUAUAUGUAUACAUGUGCAUGUUUGCCCUUAUUCAUUGUGGUCUGCCUCAUGUCAUUGUCAAAGUCUUCAAAUCCAUCAUGUCCAUCAUAACAACUGAAGUGGAGCCAGAUCUGAGAGGUCAAAUACACUUCUGCAUCAGACAAUGUAAUGUUUCAUUUUUUUAGAAGGCGGGAAACUAAUUGAAGCAUCUGUGGCAGCAAAGUUCAGUCAAGGAAAGAUAACUUUUCUGUCAAAAUUCGGACAGUCUCUACUUUAUAGAACUGAUAUCACAAUCUAAAUCGUUCACUUGACUGAAUCCAAAAGUGUUUAUCAUCUUUAUCAGAAUGUCAGAAUAAAUUUUAACUAUCUGUGACUGACCAGCAGAAAAGAAAACUUUUCAUGGACUCAAACCUAGUUGAUAUUAAGAGAAGUCUAGGUUGUACAAUUAAAACUUACAUAUGUUGAAGCACAGGAGUAGAGGCGGCAGUUGAAAUGAUUGAUGCAGCGAUGCUAAUAUUAUGUGCUAUCACAUUUGUAUGCUUUAUAAUGUACAUUUAAAGUGUUAACCACAUACACAUAAUAACUUAUAUUACAGCAUCCAUCAAUAGCCUUGUUGUAGAGUUAAUUAUGCAAACACAAUGUCUACAUUCUUUUUGUGUACAUUAACCUUUAGCCUGCUAAAUUUUCAGCAGCCAUGUAUGGCCAUCCAGGAUCAAGUUCAGUGUUAGUUGUGGGAGACAGGGAUCUUGGUAAACAGCUAUUGACACUAUUAGUUGGCAGUAUCCUUACGUCACAGCUGAGAAUGUCACUGUUGAAUGUGUUCAAUUCACAUGCUAGGCUUAUAAUAACCCUGUUGAAUGGAUUGACAGUAGCGCUAAGAGAUUUAAUACAAAUGCUACUACGGUUAUAACAUCUCUGUUAUGCUGUAUAUGUGUUAGCCAUAUGUUCCUGGCAUCCCAAGGAAUUUCUGAUCAAAUCAUGUUAGUUAUAUGAAAAGUUAUAUGAAAUGUGUUGACAUAAUGUGUUCAGGGAUUAUCUAGACCUGCUCAGAGGCCUAUAUUUGGCCCUAAGUAAACAUUCCCUAAUUGGAAUUAAUACUUUUCCAACUCAUAAUAUUCAACUCAUGUCAUGGCUUUGUAGAGGUAACUUGCAUUUCACAGUGAUAACAGAAUCAGUAAUGGUACAUGCUUUUUUACUUUGUUAUACAUCACUACUUUGAAUGCAGUGUUAGAACAUUUCAGGAAAUAAGAAUUGAAAAAGCAAUCCCAAUUGUGAACAGAACAAUCUUUUCCCAAUAUGCCUGCCAUGGGCACCGUUUAAAAUCCUAGAAAAUUCCCUGGUAUUGCAAUGUCGCUGCCUGAGGAUUUGAACUUCACAGUGUAUAUGUCGGGGUGCCUUGUAAUAUCAAUCCAGAGUUGUACGGUCAGUUCAUCAUCUGGAUACAGACAAGACAAGUCUGGGAGCCAUGCGUACACAAAGGCUUUCCUCCCACAUUAAGCUGUUACACCAUUAUAUUCCCUACCUGAAGUUUUGUAAAAUAAACAGUUCAACAGAGUCAAGAAUAAGAUCAACUUACUUGCCAUGUUUAUGGCAGUACAUUGCUCCGUGUCAAAGUAAUUGUCACUUAUGAUCCCUCCUUUUUGUUUUAUGUCCAAUUUUUGACUUGUUACAGUCACUGUUAAAUAGACACAUGGUGACAUGGAAGAGUUACUUCCCUUUGUGUAAUAACCCAGAGAAUUCUUCAAUCUCAAUUUAUAUGGUGUUUUAACCACAUUGAAUUAUUUAAAAACAUAAGGUGAUCUAUGAAUGAAAUGAUUGAAUCCUGAGGUAGUGUAGCUUAUUGAAUUUUUGCAGUAAGGAAGGAAAAUAAACACACUCAUGUUUUAGCAUAUAUAUAUGGUACACUUAUUGUCUGUCAAGUUACAGGAUGAACAUAGCAGCCAUGGUGGUCAUACUUCCAAUUGGAUCAGAAUUCUGUGACAGGUCUGUUCAAGAUACUAUUGCAGUCAUCAUCGUUGCAAUAUUGAGUUGGACUGAUGUAGUGGUAGGCAUUAGGAAGAAGGAACUUGCCCUGUCAAUGAAAUGUGUCCCUUGAGAAUGAUGGUAAUGAAACUUGUACAGGGCAAUCCAUCGUUUGAUAAAUGUUUGUCUGUACCAGUGUUUGAACUCAAAUCCAAAUUGGAUUUUAGUUACUAUGGUUAAGAGUCAUUUGAACACAACUGUAAAUCAUUAUUAUCGAUUCUUUAUUAUGUUAAUUGAGCUAAAGCAAUGCCUCCUCUGUGUUUGUUGGGAUGGACCAGUGGUUAACAUGGUCAAAGCGCUCACCAUACAGAAUUUCCAGGUUCUAUUUCCCACAUGUGUACCAUGUGCAAAGCCAAUUCUUGGUGUUUUCUUGGCAUGUUCUCAAUUAACAUAUGAAAGUAUCAACAUGACUAGACAGACCUAGUUCUGUUAGUCAUCUGACCUUUGAUGCAGUCAGAAUUAUUCUUUAAAAGAAUUUAUGUGUGUUGCAUUAGAACAACCUGUUCUGACAUCAUUCAUUUAUUGACCAUGUUGACUAGAAAUAUUUCAAAACUUCAUACACAAGAAAACGUUUUUAGACUAUGCCUGAAGAUUUGGCUUGUUAUCAGGGUUAUGUUCAGUGGUCGCAAUACAGUGCAACCUUGUUUGACCAGAAACCCUGUUGGGUUUGGGAAUUUCAGUCCUUGUUAGUCUGGCUUCCAGAGAGUUUUGAUGGGAAUUUCUGUAUAUAUCCAAAGAAAAAUUACCCCAUUCCCAUGAUUCAUUGAUCCAGACUAUUUACUGGUACAUGAAAAUGGGACUGUCUGGAUUAACGAGGCCCCACUGUCGAUGAAAACAAUGUGAACAAGAUGAUGAUCUGUGGAAUUGUGUGGCUGAUGCCUGUAUGUGUAUAUAUGUACUUUACCUGUGAUCAGAUGUAGUCUGGGUGGUAAUGUACCAGUAGACAAAGAAUGGUGUUCCAACACAUAUUUGUGAACACUGAUUCAUGGUCAUUUGCUUGUUAUCAGUGAAUGUUACUGUAAUUGUUCACUAUGAAAUUCAGUGUUUAUUGAAAAGUCAUUGAAUCAGUGAACAUAUGCUGUUGUAACAUGUAACAAGAACAUAGAAAAUUCAUAAAAGUUUUCAGAAUUAAAAUGAUCUCUCCGGUGACAGAAAUGUGUGCACAAUAUUACCAUGGUUUGUCUUCUGCAAAGGCAUCAAUGCAGAGUGAAAACAUUUGGAAAAAUGCAUGAUAUUUAUUUUUGAAAACAUUGUGUCUCAAACCAACUGUCCAUUUCAAAACAUAAUCAACUUUUCAUCUUGUGAUGUGCAUUGAUAUCAGGUACCAAAAGUAUCUGUUUCGACUUAACAUUUGUGAUAAGAGUCGUGAUAUGAAUUGUAUUGUGGGUAAAUACCAAAUAUAUCAUGAUCCAAAUAACCUAAUGUACCCCAUACCCAGUGAAAUACCUUAUUUGCUAUAUUAAGCACCCCGCUCCAAGAAGCAUCUCGUGAUCAACUUCUAGAUCAAAAUGUAAGCUAAAUAAAUAUCCCAUACAAAGUCUGAAAAUUAACAUGACAUUCCAUUUUCUCGUACAUAUAUUAUAGAUUUUGUUUUCCAUGUAGAAGGGUAGAUAACUGCCCAAUGACUAUCAUCAAAAAAAGUUCCAUCAAAGUAUGACUGAGCUCAAUCUCUGACAACAAAUUUGAGAUAAUUUUAAUAAGCACCUUCCUUUGUGGAUUUCCUAAGUACCCGGGGCACUAAUUAUGGCAAAUACAGUAUACAUGUCUUCACACCUCCUGAAAAGCAUCAUAAUAUAUGGAGGUACAUGUAUGUUGAAGUUACCUCAUUAAAGUGCUGUCAGUAACCUGUAUGUUUUCCCUAGAUCUUGCAAACACCAACAAUGUUUUGUAAUAUAAUACCAGCAAUCGUGUUCCAUUUUCAUAUCACAUUAUACACACAAAGUAUUUUUGAGAUGAGCAUAUGAAUAUGAAUUAAGGAGAUCGUUUCACCACAUGAAGUCCCCUGUUCAUUUAUCAAAUUGACUACAUAUAGUUUGCUAUGUUUGUUUUUUAUACCUUUCUUCUUUAUUUAAUGUAGCAUUUGACACAUUUCGAGAAUACAAGGUAUGUCAGGUAUUUUGGUUAUUAGUUGUUUUUAGCCAGUAUUGGUUUUCUUGUAUGUUUUAUGUACAUGCACAAAGAAAAUAUUGUCUGCUACAGUCAUGACGUCGUUGAUAUUCUUGGCCAUAUUGCAGAAUUUUCUGGCCACCAUGUGGAAUAAACUGAUACUUGUA